AUGACGACCUCGCAUGCGGCAAGGUGUCAGAUAACCCCUGCCGCAUGCGACGAAAACGAAUACCCGGAACAAACCUUCCGCGUGGUGACGUACCUGGCCCAACACAACAUCGCAACCCUGCCUCAGCCACCCUACAGUCCCGACGUUGCCCCACCAGACUUUUUCCUCUUCCCCCGCCUCAAAACCGCCCUGAAAGGAAACGAUCACGGCUCGGUGGAAGCGUUACAACAGGCCGUGACGAGGGAGCUCAACAGCAUUCCGGCUGCCGCCUUCCAGGAAGCGUAUGAGGGCUGGAAAUCCCGCUGCCAGCGGUAUACCUUCAAGCCAGCUACAGAAAACGUUCGUGUAAAUGCUGAAUUCAAAAAACAACUUUUUAAAGAAAUUCAUCUGAUUCAUUUGAAGUUAAAUGAUCUUAUGAGUAACGUUGAUAUACUCAUUAAAAAAGUCAGAUGUACUGAUGAGCCACAACUUUAUGAUGAUACUAAUGCGGCUGUUAAGACUCUAAUACAAUCGUUUCCAGUCACUACAGAGCAGCAACUAAUGUUGAUGGAAGAAUGGCUAUCGAGUUCAGCUGAUAACAUACAGGCAUUGAGUCAUCAACUGCGUUUAAUUGGAGGCGUGAAUCUUUCCCAUGUAAUCAAGAGCGUUAUGUCGAGAGUUAUUUCAAACGAAGUUGGGAUGCUGUAUUCGUGGGAAGGAGUUCGGCAAAAAAAAAGCUUUUAAAUCGUUUAAGUUCAUCCAAGUUAUCAUUGGUAAAUAUAUUAUUUUGUACACUCUACUUAAAAAUAAUUUUAAAUACGUAUACAUCCUUGAGCCUAGCCUCGUGACUGUGUUACGUAACCAAAUGAUACUCAAUGUGAUAGUCAAAUAGAAAAAUUUUAUUUCGAACUUAAUCUUGUUACAUAACUUCAUCGCUUUCAUUCCUUGAUUCUACUAUUUUUUAUUUAAUACAUAUCUUAUAGGUUUAUAGUUCAAUCUAAUGUGUAUCCAAUACUGCGUAACUGUAUUAAUGCGUAACUGUAUUAAUGCCUAACAUUAUUAUGUGCGUGACAAAGAAGUAUUGACAAUCAGUAGGUCGUUCCGAAUCUCAAGAUGUAACCCUGCAAUACGUGUAUUAU